AUGGCCCUUGGACAAUGUGUUCGAGGGUUUCGAAAUGCAGUGCGACCCCUAAUCUUAGUCGACGGUACAACCCUUAAAGCGAGAUACGGGGGCAAGUUGAUUAUUGCAACAUGCCAAGAUGCGAACAUCCAAAUUUACCCUCUUGCGUUCGGCAUAGUUGACGGAGAAAAUGAUGUAGCAAUGAGUUGGUUUUUCACGAAGUUGAGGGAAGUAAUUGGAGAUGUCGAAAAUCUUGCAUUCGUAACCGAUCGAGGGCAGUCAAUAAUAAAUGGUAUCGCCGAAGUCUUCCCCGAGGCACAUCAUGGUUAUUGUAUGUACCAUAUACAGGGAAACUUGAAGACCAGGUAUCGAGGCAAUGGCAUCGUUGCGUUGUUUAGGAGAGCUGAAGAGGCUUACAGUUUUGAAGAGUUUGAUAAGUUCAUGGUCGAAAUAGACAGUAAAUCACAUGCUACAUGGGAGUAUUUAACAGAGAUGGGGAUUGAACAUUGGGAUCGACGCGAGGAAUCACAGAGUUGUGCAAGUGUGCUAACCCCGGCUCAAGAAGAUAAGCUCUUCAAGACUCUAGAUGUGGCAAGAAAGUUUCAGUUGGAGAGUUUUUCGUGUACAGAUGCAGUGACAGUGGCUAUGCAUAGAGGAUUACCACCACACACCUUAUGCAGUAUGUAUUACAUGAAUGAUUAUUGGAGAGCAACAUAUGCGGAAACAAUAUUUCCUGUACCAAAUGAAGUCGAGUGGGAAGUGCCCGACCACAUUCUCCCACUGAAUAACUUGUUGCCACCAGCAGUUGGACCACGUACUCCUGGACGUACACGUACGUCUAGAAUACCAUCUACCGGAGAGUUUCUCCAACCUCGUAAAUGCGGUAGGUGCAGUGCAACAGGGCAUACUAGAAGAUAUUGUACAAGUCAGAUUCCUCUACAUGACAAUGUAACGGAUGUGUAA